CAUCAAAACUUUGUCUUAUGUAAAUGUUUUGUGUCAUGACAAUGGGUACAUUGUCAACAAAGGUGCUAUAUAAUGAUGGAGAAAAUGCAGGGUGCAUGAAUUUUUUCAACAUGUAUGUCUUCACUCUACUUGUAACAGUCGCAUUGGCGGCUGUUGUGUCCGCUGACGAUUCAAAAGAGCAUCAUGGGUCAUACGGCGAUGGCUCAAAGAAAAGUAACAGCGAUUACUUGGAUGAGAGCCAGCUUUAUGAUCCUUUCCAUAGUUACAGUCAUUUCCAUGGACACGAAUCGCAUCAGAAAUUGGAGAGAAGAUCGUUGCUACCAGAAGUUGACCCUGUUGCAACAGUGCAAGCGCCCAUACAAGCAAACAUUGCAGCGCCCAUAAAAGCAAACAUUGCAGCGCCCAUAGAAACAAACAUUGCAGCUCCAUUGUCUGAUGCUGUGGAAAGUAUGAAUGCAGCCGCUGAGGAGGCAAACUCCGCACUCUCUGUAGACCCCAUCGCAGAAGGAGCAGCUUUGGCUGGAAUUACUGAAGACUCAUCUCCACUCAGUUCCCUUCCGGGUCCCUAUGUCUACCAGCCCAACCCCUACCAAGGAUAUCCUCAAGGAUAUCCACCUCAACCCCCUCAAGGAUAUCCACCUCAAUCCCAGGGUUACUUGCCUCCCCAGCCUCAUUACGCUCCAUCUCCAGCCUAUCCUCAACCUUAUGGAGGAGCGCACUACCAGCAUUACCCCCCACCUCCCCACAACCAUUAUGGACCACCCCCUCCUCCACCACACAACCAUUACGGACCACCAUCCCAUCCACGAUACUAGCAAUUCGAACCAGCAGGGGAAACUUGAAAUGUCAUGAUUAAUGGAACUUGAUGUUGUUCUUAACUUCAACAGAGUUAUGAAUUGAAGAACGUUUAUAACGAGUUUUGUUCAUGAUAGACAUAGUGUUUAUUAAAUUCUAGUUAUUUCUACUACAUCAAUUAGAAUCAUGGAAAUUUCAAGAUGUGUGUAUGUUAACUUGCAUAUAAUUGCUGGAUAUUGAAAAAUAUCGAAUAAAAAAAAUAGUUGCAGAGCAUUAUA